UGGAGCCUAAACUCUGGUGGGCGGGUCAGGUGUGGUCGUAGGUGUUCUGUGUUGUUUAUUUCUAUGGUUAUUGCAGAGCUAAUGCUUUAGUAAGGAGCGGGCUGUUGACAUGAUGACGCACGGCUGCAGGAGGCUUCUCUUACCGCUGCUGAACCCCGGCUGGACGGGAAGGGUCCUCAGACACCCGGGCAGGGUGCCCUCCAGGGCUUGUAACAUCUCUGCCUGCUCCUACAAGCUGCGAAACGUGGACUUGCACCCACUAUGGAAAGGACCUCUAGAUAUCCCCGGAGGAUCGCGCCAGUCCCCUAUUGACAUUCGUGUACGGGAUAGUGUUUUUCAUCCAAAUCUUGCGCCUAUCUCUACCCAGUAUGACCCGAAUACAUGUCUUCACGUUUGGAACAACGGAUAUUCCUUCCUGGUGGAGUAUGAUGACAGUACUAACAAGUCAGUGGUGAGUGGCGGUCCCCUGGAGAACCCCUUCAGACUUAAACAGUUCCAUUUCCAUUGGGGGAUAAAUAAUGACUGGGGCUCUGAGCACACAGUGGACAGCAAAGUGUUUCCUGCAGAGCUCCACCUGGUCCAUUGGAAUUGCUCAAAGUAUCAGAGUUUCGAGGAAGCCAUCAUGGAGGAGAACGGCUUGGCUGUUAUUGGCAUCUUUCUAAAGCUUGGAAGGCACAAUGAAAAGCUGCAAAAGCUGGUAGACAUAUUGCCUUCUGUUCGAUAUAAGGAUUCUCUUACUGAGUUUAAUUAUUUCGACGCCUCCUGCCUUUUGCCAACCUGCAAUGAUUACUGGACAUACUCUGGCUCGCUGACCACGCCACCGCUGACAGAGUCCGUGACUUGGAUUAUAAUGAAAAAGCCGAUUGAAGUCGACCACAGUCAGUUGGCAGUUUUUCGCAGUCUGCUAUACACUGCUGUGGGCGAAGAAGAGAAGUACAUGGUGGACAACUUCCGUCCUCUGCAGCCUCUCAUGAACCGCACAGUCCAUUCCACCUUCAAACCAGCCAUAAAGAUGUCUGACUUCAAAAAGACUGAUGUUCAGGCUGGCUAAAGUGUGUAUCUUUUGCUCUUGAUAAGUGGUCUUCAACCUGCGGACCUCCAGAU